AUGUUUCGCCUGCUACCCUGGCCCUCUGCGAUCGGAGGGGACAAGGUCAUGGAGGAAGUCAAGAUGCUGGCGCCGUCAAACUGCGCGCCCGGGGUCAACAGCCUGCCUCUGCCCCGGUUAAAGCGCAAACGUUCCGAUUCCGAUGCGACCGACACUCCCGCCGCGACUCGCAUGUGCACGGAAAAGACGAAUUCGCUCUCGCCGACCGUACCGACCGUGCCAAAUCCGCCGCAGCAAUCCGCUACAUCGCCCGCCGCGUCGUCCCCGACGGUCGCGACCGUGCAUUCACCGGCGCAGGUCGCCACCGGUGGGCCCGACGUGACCCGGCUUCGUGAAACGAUCACGGCCCAGCUCAGCCUCGAGGUGCUGCUGAAGCACAACGAACUCCGCCUGAUCGACCAGGAGAUCGCCAAAUGUCAGGUCGCACUGGAACAGGUGCGACGCUGUGCUGAAAUCCCGUACCCGGGAUCCAUCGCCACUGGCAUCUCCUCGGCCGUCAGCAUGGGGUCGGGUGCAGCGCUGCUGCCUGGAAAUGGACCAGCACCGCUGUCUCCCGCGCCCUGGGGUGUCACUGAGGGUCCGUAUUCGCGCCACUAUGCACGGUGGCUGCUCCCGGAUCCUCGGUUUGACGGAGGCGAAGUCGAUCCUGCGCUGGCUGCGACCGCUGGCACCGGCGCUCCGCUGGUCGAGGGUCGAUCCACGCGUGGCAAUCCUGUCGAUCUGGGUUCGCUGGCCGGCAAGACACGUCCCUCACGCGGGUCAACCGGUGCGAAACUGCAGGCGCUGCCAAAUGGCUACCCGAUGAUCAAGGAGAAGGCUGGCCCGAUGCUGAUUCGACGCAAGUCGGAUCAAGUGCUGGUCAAGCUGGUUUGCCUGGAUUGUCGACGAGACAACUUCUCCAGCACCCAGGGAUUCAUCAACCACUGUCGCAUCGCCCACAACCGCAACUUCGCCAGUCAUGAUGCCGCUGCGAUGGCCUCCGGAGAGCCUGUCGAGGUGGACGAAGCCGGCGCCGUGGUUGGGGGUCAAAGUGAAUCCAACAGCAGCACGCCCGGUCCGGCCUACGUUCACCCGCUUAUUCGCUCCGCUCAUCUCCCGACGCCAUCCAAGGAUACAACCACUCCUCGCAAGUCUUCCAUGAAUUCGUCCGCCAAACCGCCUAUUGCCAUCCCCACUCCUCCUGCUACCGCAGCCUGUGAACCGCGCCGACAGUCGGAACCGGUCAAGCUUCCCACGAACCCAUCAUUCCUGGCCUCGCCCGCAACCCCUCAUCUAUCAGCUCUGAUGCGGCAGCGCGGCGCGGGAUUGGACAUGGGCAAGCUGGUCCAGGAAGCCAAGACGCCUGUUGAUCUGAGUGCUCUGUCGGACGAAGAGGAUGUGGAUAUGGACGAGUCGGGGCCGCUGACGGAGUCUAGUCAAGAACCUCAACUUGGCGUUCGUGCUAGUCGCCAGCCGAUGCGUAUGCCUGUCGCUCCAGCCACGUCUGAGCGGCCUGAGAGCCGAAAAGGUCUUGAGCGAGCAGCCGAACCCCUGUCCCUCGAGGCAAUCACACCUUCUCGACCGCCAUCUCACCCCCAGCCUCUCCUCUCCGGGAUCUCUUUCCCUGGCCCAUCCACUGGAGUGGCGGAGACGCCCCGCGAGGAUGGUAUGGAACAUCCCAACCUCAGUCCCCACACAAUCGAGUCCAACCAAGCGCCCAGCUUGGUUAGUGACGACGAGGAUGACUAUGAAGCGGCUUCUGAAUCAGACAGCCCCAGUUCAUCAGAGGCGGAUGAUCAGGAUGAGGAGUUCAGACAUAUCCAAGUUGAAGACGACGAGCGCACUGCCGCCCCGUCGACCGCGACCACCGAGGCUAAGUCUGGUCCGUCCUUGGCCGCCCCUGCACCGCAGUCGGCGCCCACGCUUUCCCAGCCGCUGAAGCGCAGCCGGUCCAACAAGAUGUCGUCCAUGGUGCCCCCAUUCAGCGAUCACGGCAACGAGGACACACGCGUUAACUUCGGCCAUCCAGCGGAAAACCCGGCCAAGUCCCAGCGGGCUCCCGGGCGUAAGCCGGCACCGUCCAAUCCGUGA